UAUUUACUUAAGUAUUACAAAAACGUUCAGCAUUAAAACAAAUAACCAUCAACUUUUAUUUAUAACUAACAAAUUCUAUGUUCUAGUGCAUAAUAGGUCACCGUAAUCUCGAACCAAAUAAUUUAGUUAGAUAACGUUCCUCUACUGUCAAAACAUAAGCAUGUACUUUUAAACCACGUUUAGUUUUAAAAAUUAAAAGGCUUUAAAAAUAACAAUGAAAAAUAAGUUAGAUAUAAGAAAGAAUGUUUUAAAUUAUGAUAAUAAAGUUAUUCUUGCUCCCAUGGUAAGAGUAGGUACCUUACCAAUGAGGUUGUUAGCUUUGAGAUAUGGAGCAGACAUAGUUUAUACAGAAGAACUAAUUGAUUGGAAAUUUUUAAAAUCAGUACGAAGGGAAAAUGAAGUUUUGGGAACAAUUGACUAUUUGGACGCGACAAAUGGGACUGUCGUAUUUCGUACUUGUGCAGAAGAAAAAGAAAAAGUAGUAGUACAAUUAGGAACUAGUGAUCCGCAACGAGCCUUAAAGGUUGCAAAAAUGAUUGAAAAUGACGUUGCAGGCAUUGAUAUCAACAUGGGCUGUCCUAAAGAGUUCUCUUUAAAAGGAGGCAUGGGCGCUGCAUUAAUGACUCAACGGGUAAAAGCAAAACAGAUACUUUCAUUAUUAGUUCAGAAUUGUAGCAUUCCAGUGACGUGUAAAAUAAGAGUUUUCGAAAGUAUUGAUGAAACUUUGAAUUUUGUUAAAGAUUUAGAGUCGACGGGAAUAUCUGCAAUAGCUGUACAUGGUAGAACGAGAGUAGAAAGACCACAGCAUCCUAAUCGAAAUGAAACUUUAAGAAAAAUUUCAGAAACAUUGAGGAUACCAGUUAUUGCAAACGGCGGUUCUAGAGAAAUAGAAAAUUACAGAGAUUUGAUUAAAUUUAAAGAAGACUGUGGGUGUAGUAGUGUUAUGGUCGCAAGAGCAGCAGAAUAUAAUUGUUCUAUAUUUAGAAAAGAAGGAAUGAAAUUAAUGGAUGAUGUUAUAGUAGAAUAUUUAAAAAAUUGCGUCGAAUACGAUAAUCCUCCUAGUAAUACGAAAUAUUGUGUCCAAAAUAUGUUAAAAGAACUACAAGAGACUCCUCGAGGAAAAAAAUUCCUGGAAUGUCAAACCCUCGAACAAAUAUGUAAUAUUUGGGGUUUAGGUGAGUACUGCCGUCAAAAAUACUUGGAAUACCAAUCAAGGGGUAUUAUUGGUAGAAGAGAAGUGGCACCGGAUAUGUUCAGUCCUCAACUUAAAAAGCAAAAAACUGAUCUUGAUGGUGAAGACAUCGACAUUUGUUUAAAUUGUGUUUUUAUUCGAGUGAACUAUACAGAAGAUCCCCAAUUACCAAAGUCGAGGUUAAUAGUUUACUGUGGGAAGAAUAAAUACGAUUCUCCAAAGUACAAGGUUUUUAACGAAGAUAAAUUGUUUAGAGCUGUUGUUACUUUGAAUGAUAAAAAGUAUAGUUCAUCAUAUUGGGAGAAGAAUAAAAAAUAUGCAGAACAAGGAGCAGCACUUGUAGCUUGCGUUUCGUUAGGAUUAAUUGAUAGAGAACAAUUAGUAAAAGAUGGGAGUAUUCUAGAAUAAAUAAAAACACUUUUUUUUUUGGAGUUUCAAUACUAAAGCCUUCAUUUUACGUUAAAUAUACAAUUUUGAUAACGAUAAUUUCACGUUCUAUGACGUUGUUAAGGACUCUUUGGCAUUAUUAUAGUGAUAA